AAAUAAAAUUUGUAUUUAUUUAAUUAUAUAUAUACAAUAUAUUCAAUAUGUUUAAUUUAUAGAAAAAGUACAUGGUAGUUAACAGAGUAGUGAGUACCUACUAGUAAUCCUAGUUAAAUUUAUAAAUGGUACCUACUAUUAUAAUUUAUACUACAAAAUGUAUUAAAAAUUAAAAUGCAAGUAAGGGUUUUGUACUUUUAUAUAUUUAUAUUAUUGGUGUCUGUUUAAUUCUGCAGAGGGUGAAUGUGUAGUUGGAAGGGGAAAACUGAAACAGAUGAAUUUUGUAAAUUGUUUAUUGGGGUGUCAAAAUACUAAAUACGGCCCUGAGUAUAUUAAUUAAUUAAUAAAUAAAUUAUAGUACUAUUAUAUACAACGUGUAACAGGUUUUAUAUAGGUAUGAAGUAAAAACAAAUUAUAUAUUUUAAUUGUACAUAAAAGUUUCCGUAAGCACAUAUUAUUUUAUUAUUUUUAUAAUAAUCUUUCCGUACGUCUACCUAAAUAGGUGAAAAAACUCGUUGAUGGCGUGCCAAUGUUUCGUGUACACUUCCCAAAAACGUUCUAUAGCCAAUGUAGGUAUAUCCUAAAUUAUUUUUGUUCAAUGGUCCGCGUUAGUAUAAAAACAAGUCGUAGUAUUAUAAAGUGCGACGUUAUUGCCACUUCAGCUUGCAGGUUCUGUCGCUUACUGCUAUACUUAUCACAAUCCCACAGACUCAACUCUCAAGAUGGACUUAAAGUUUAUAUUGUUAUUUAUUCAAACAGCUUCCAUCGCUAUGGCACACGUGAUUACAAUAAAAAACAACUGCCCGUUUACUGUUUGGCCCGGUAUACUAGGCAUCUUAGAGCACAGUCAUCUUGAAAAUGGCGGAUUUUUGUAGGGCUCUCAAAAAAUCCAUACAAUUAAUACGCCUCAAGAUUGGGCAGGCAGGAUUUGGGGCAGGACCAGAUGCAACAGCAAAGGAAAAUGCGAAACGGGCGAUUGCGGGAACAAGAUCCAGUGCAAUGGUACCGGGGCCGUGCCGCCAGUAUCCAUAGCAGAGAUGACGUUUACCGGGCCUGGCGGAUUGGACUACUACGACGUGUCGUUGGUGGACGGCUACAACCUGCCAAUCAGGAUAUUGCCGACCGCGCAGUUCACGAGCAGUAAAAACGGCAAAUACGACUGCACGCCGGCCGGUUGUGUGUCCAAUCUGAACAAAAGAUGUCCGUCCGAGCUGGUAGUCAGGACUUCCGGUGGUUCCAGUGUGGUGGCGUGCAAGAGCGCCUGUGCGAAGUUCAACACAGACACUUACUGCUGCCGAGGCUACCAUAAUACUUCAGUGACUUGCAACAGCAGCUCUUGGUUCAAAAACUAUCCUGCAUACUUCAAGGCAGCCUGUCCGGACGCUUACAGUUACGCUUACGACAAUACGAUCAGCACGUUUACGUGUCGCGGUAACCCGUCUACCAAUUAUGACGUCAUAUUUUGCCCUUAAGUCAUCGCAGCCUACUUAUUUUGUAAUCUUGUAACUAUAUGAGGUCAUGGUAGAUAUAUAAUGUAUACCAAUAUCAAAUAUAUAUAAAUUCAUAGGUUCAGAUACGUGCUUGAUAAUUUUGAAAGGGGGAAUAUGAAAAUUUGACUGUUACUCACAAUAAUCACAAGCCCUGCAAGUUAUAAUGAAAAAAUUUCAUUCUCGUAUUUACUUACUUAUAAUUGUGACUUCCGUCAUAGUUUUAUAUAAAAUAAUUACAAUUAUUAAACUAUAGUAUAGGUAAGUAACGAGUUGUGUCCUAUGGUUUAUAGUUUAUAUAUUAUAUACUUCUAGUUACCUAAAUCUAUCUAAUUUGGUUAACGUAUUUUAUUCUUCGAUCAACUAUCGAUAUACAAUAAUAAUAUUUUGGCAAUUUGUAAUUGUGCAUCGAAUAACGCCAGAGCUUGAUAGAAUAUAUAUUAUAUACAUAUUAUGUAUACAUAUUUAUGCAUAUUAAAAUUAAUAAAGUACCUAUUAAAUAAUAUAAUUCUACAUUCAAUGAUUAUUUUAAUUAUAUUAUUUUUUAGUAUACCUAUACAUAUUCUAUAGCAUAUUUUAUUAAUAUUACUGUUUGUAAUAUGUCUAUAAAACAUG